ACCGCCUCCGUGGGCGCACCCACCGUACCGUUGAUUGAAGAAGAAGCGGCGGCUACAUGGGGAAGAAGCUGGGCAACGCUGGCCCUUCGUCGGCAUCCAGGUCCACCAACCAGGCCGUAUCGCUCCGGGAGGAGACCUCCGGGAAGACGCAUGCCGACGCGGCCUCCCUGCUGAGGGUCCAGCACCUGCAGCGGCUGGCCGCGUGGGCGAGCGGGGAGGCUGCGGUUGGACCGAUCGGGGCACUGCUAGGCCACCGCCUCGCCACGGACGCCGUGGCCCCCGGGAUUCCCAUAGGCGCUUCCUCCUUCCUUUGCCAGAGGUGUGAAUCAGUUUUACAGCCAGGCUUCAACUGCACAAUCCGUAUAAAGAACAACAAAAAGAAAGCAAAGAGGCGGAAGAAGUCAAAUUAUUGCCGAAACAGCAUUGUGUAUGCAUGCCAUUUCUGUGGAGACCAAAACCUAAUACGGGGUAGUGGAAAGGGUAUGGUGAAGAGCCUAUUAUCAUCAAGAAAGCCUGCUAGCAUGGACAUAGCCAGCAUAAUGUUGAAAGGAGAAAGUAUGAACAUGGCAAGAGUAGCUACAAAAAAGGGGAUCGAGUAUUCUUUAACGGCAGUCUCACGACUGGAAUCUGACAGGUUGAAAACAUUUACUCUUGAAAAGGAUAAACAUGUUAACGGGCCAAAGUCUAAUCUUUCUGAAGAUUCUGAAAUAGAGAAAGGGGUUGUUUUUCCAAUGAUGGAUCGUGGUCAGUUGGCAUCUGCAACGGUUCAGGAAGACAUCCCACAGAAAAUUGUAGAAAGCACCACACAUUAUAAAUUUAUGAAUGAAAUCAAGCCCAUGUCUGAUAUUACUUCUCAAGAAGAAUUUGUAGUUGGGUCAAAUUUUGUUACUCCUCAGAAGAACAAACUGGGAGAAGUGACUGCACCUAAAGGUUCGGCAGAACAAUUGAAGACAAGAAGUACACUGAACAACAAAGGGCAGAGUUGUGUUUCAAUUACUGGCAAGGCCCCUAGAAGUCAUAGUAAGUCAGCUUCGAAUACUAAAUCUGCACUAGGUGACUCUACACAGCCUGCUGGCAGUUCAAGGAAGCGAGCAAGAAAAGGGUGGACUACGCUAAAGCAGAUUGCUGAAAAGGAGGAGCUUGAGAGAGAAGUGAAGAUGGAUAACUUUGUAAUCCCAUUCUUCAUGCAGUAAAUUGUCUUGCAGUUUGCACCCGCUGUAUACAUUUGCCAUCACAAAUGGUUACAUUCUUGUAUGGUAUUAUUAGUUACUCUCUACAUUCCUCCAAUGAAUA